GGAUCACAUGCCAUAGUCAGCAUACCUUCUGGGGUGUAAAAGCUCCUUCCUCCCACAUCCCUUCUUAAUUUGGACGCCAGACACCAGAGGCUCAAGAGGCAGUUCGUCUCUCUCCGGUCCGUACGCCGCCGACAUGGCUUACAGUGGCUACACGGCCUACAGUGGCUACACCAAGCCGCCCCAGUCCUACGCGGCGACGUACUACGACGAGAAGCAGGCGCAGGCGCAGUCGCAGGCCUACCAGGACUCUGUGUAUGAGGAGAAGGAGAGGGUCGCCAAGAAGGACCGGCGGGACGCCAUUUGCUGCGAGGUGAUCGCCCUCGUCAUCGGCUUCAUCGGCCUGAUCGGCGUGGCGGCGGUCACCGGGCUGCCCAUGUGGAAGGUGACGGCCUUCAUCGAGGAGAACAUCAUCGUCAUGGAGACGCGGUGGGAGGGCCUCUGGAUGAACUGCUACCGGCAGGCGAACAUCCGCAUGCAGUGCAAGGUGUACGACUCCCUGCUGUUCCUCCCGCCCGACCUCCAGGCGGCCCGGGGGCUCAUGUGCAGCGCCGUGGCGCUCACCGUCUUCGCCCUGGUCGUGUCCGCCGUGGGGAUGAAGUGCACCAAGGUGGUGGACCACCGCGCCCGGACCAAGCACAUCGUGCUGGUGUCCGGCGGCUGCCUGUUCCUCCUGGCCUGCGUCACCACGCUCAUCCCCGUGUCGUGGACGGGCCACGUGAUCAUCCGGGACUUCUACAACCCCCUGCUGAUCGACGCCCAGCGGCGGGAGCUGGGGGAGGCGCUGUACAUCGGCUGGGUGACGGGCGCGCUGCUCUUCGUGGCCGGCGUCAUCCUGCUGUGCCGCCACGUCCCCCGGACCCAGGAGGAGGAGGAACGGGCCGUCGCCGUGGCCAACGGCAACAUCUACCAGCCGGCGUAUGCGUACCAGCCGUACACGUACCAGCCCGCCUACAGCUACGCCCCGGCCUAUACCCCCGGCCCUGGCCCCGGCCCGGCGUCCAUCAUCUACACGCCCAAUCGGUUCCAGUAGAGCAACAACCUCAGCACGGAAUAGACUUCAAUGUGGACCACCAGGUGGUUUCUUUCUAAACAAGAAUUUAAGACUGAUUGGCCGCCCGGAUGGCGGUGGCUGGAAACAGACUCGUCUUUUUUUUAAAUUCAGUUUAUUUUUUUAAAAGAGCAUUUUAAUGGUUGGAGGGUCAACAAGAUCAAAGGAGAGCCAGCUGUGCUGCUGUCGUUUUAGAAUCGUUUUGUUUGAGUCCUCGUUCGAUCGACUUUAAUAUUGCCAUGAGUUAAUCAUUAGUGUUUCGUUUAAAGAGUAACGCGACACUAGUUUAGAAUUGUUGGUUUGCUACACCCUUCAGGUUGAAACCUGAUGGUUAACUGUUAGAAAUAUAUGAUUUGGGGCUUUUGAAUAAUUCCCUUUAGUGAUUGGUAGUUGGUGGUAGUGUCAGCUGUUUGGGAUAAAGUAUAAUUGUUUACUGAAAUCAUAUUAAAUCAAAGUAGAAGUCCUCUAUCUCGUGGAUGUCUUUCAGAAAAUACCAAAUAUCACUGUGGCCUUUCGUUUUGAGGCAGUGUAGUUACUCUUUAAAAUGAGGAAACAUCUCGAUAUAUUUACAAAGCUGAACAUACAGUUGAAUAUUGCUUUAAAAGUGGAUCUGCACUUUAAGAAACAAAUAUAUAUAUAUUGUCCAUUUUUACACAUGUGUUUUUACAAUAAAUGUUUAAUUAUUA